CAUCCAGCUCCAAGGAAGGAAGGAGGAACUGCCCGAGCCGCAUGUGUCACUUCCAGUAUGCUGCAAACCCGUGCUGCUAUGUGACUGCUCGGGGACUAUUUAGCUUAGUUUUGAGGUUGGUGGGAAGCGAGGUUUGAAAGUUUGGACUUAAAGCCGGUGUUUUCGGGGGGUCGUGGGGUGCGUAGGGGAAGGUGGUGCAAAGUGGUUUCGGAAGUGGAGCGUGGCAGCAAAAAAAAGGAAGAAGAAAAGGGGGGGGUGUUUUUCGUUAAAAGAAAGAUAGCUUGCUUCUCACGCUUGCGUUGAAUAUGGCGGAGCAUCACCCGGUUACCGACAGCAGACACAAAUCCUCGCUGAACUCGGGAGCGUCGUACUCGGGGAACGGGCGGAGCAGCGCGGCGGCGGCGGCCGAGAGAGGAGGAGGCAGCGCCGCGGCGGUUGCAGGAGACGACGGAGGAGGAGGUGGUGGUGGUGGUGGUGUAGUAGGUGGAGGUGGAGGUCUGUCCGGCGGCCUGUCGCAGCCGGCCGGGUGGCAGUCCUUGCUGUCGUUCACCGUCCUGUUCCUGGCCUGGCUGGCCGGUUUCAGCUCCCGGCUCUUCGCUGUCAUCCGCUUCGAGAGCAUCAUCCACGAGUUCGACCCAUGGUUCAACUACAGGUCGACUCACCAUCUCACCACCAAUGGCUUCUAUGAGUUCCUUAACUGGUUCGACGAAAGAGCCUGGUACCCUCUGGGCAGGAUAGUGGGGGGGACGGUGUACCCUGGCCUGAUGGUCACCGCGGGCCUCAUCCACUAUGUGCUCAAUCUUCUGCACAUCACUGUCCACAUCCGGGACGUUUGUGUGUUCCUGGCUCCGGUGUUCAGCGGCCUGACCUCCAUCUCCACAUUUCUGCUCACCAAGGAGCUAUGGAACCAGGGGGCGGGGCUUCUCGCUGCCUGCUUCAUUGCAAUUGUGCCGGGCUACAUCUCCCGCUCUGUGGCCGGCUCCUUCGACAACGAAGGCAUCGCCAUCUUUGCCCUGCAGUUUACCUACUAUCUCUGGGUGAAGUCCGUAAAGACGGGAUCAGUCUUCUGGGCCAUCGGAUGCUGCCUCUCCUAUUUCUACAUGGUUUCAGCCUGGGGUGGCUACGUGUUCAUCAUCAACCUCAUUCCUCUUCACGUGUUUGUCCUGCUCCUUAUGCAGCGCUUCAGUAGAAGAGUCUACAUAGCCUACAGCACCUUCUACAUCAUCGGCCUGGUCUUGUCCAUGCAGAUCCCCUUUGUGGGCUUUCAGCCAAUCAGGACCAGUGAACACAUGGCUGCAGCAGGUGUGUUUGUGCUGCUUCAGGUCUAUGCCUUCCUGCAGUACCUGAAGGACAGACUGACCAGGCAGGAGUUCCAGACUCUGUUCUUGUUGGGAGUGUCUGUGGCUGCUGGAGUAGUUUUCCUCUCCGUCAUCUAUCUGACAUACACCGGGUACAUCGCUCCAUGGAGUGGACGUUUCUACUCCCUCUGGGACACUGGCUACGCUAAGAUCCACAUCCCCAUUAUAGCUUCAGUGUCGGAGCACCAGCCCACCACCUGGGUGUCUUUCUUCUUCGACCUUCACAUCCUCGUCUGCACCUUCCCAGCCGGCCUCUGGUUCUGCAUUAAGAACAUCAACGAUGAGCGUGUCUUUGUGGCCUUGUAUGCCAUCAGCGCUGUGUAUUUCGCCGGCGUAAUGGUGCGUUUGAUGUUGACUCUGACCCCGGUGGUGUGCAUGCUGUCGGCGGUGGCGUUCUCCAGUGUCUUUGAACACUACCUGGGAGACGACAUGAAGAGGCAGAGCCCGCCUGCAGAGGACAGCAGUGACGAGGACGACAGGAAGAACGCUGGAAACCUCUAUGAUAAGGCCGGUAAAGUGAGAAAACACGUGUCGGAGCAGGAGAAGGCCGAGGAGGGCCUGGGUCCCAACAUCAAGUCCAUAGUCACCAUGCUGAUGCUGAUGCUGCUCAUGAUGUUCGCUGUGCACUGCACCUGGGUCACCAGUAACGCCUACUCCAGCCCCAGUGUUGUGCUGGCGUCGUAUAACCACGACGGCUCCCGGAACAUCCUGGAUGACUUCAGGGAGGCCUACUAUUGGCUGAGGCAGAACACAGACGAGCAUGCCAGAGUGAUGUCGUGGUGGGACUACGGGUACCAGAUAGCAGGCAUGGCAAACAGAACCACGCUGGUGGACAACAACACGUGGAACAACAGUCACAUAGCGCUGGUGGGCAAAGCCAUGUCAUCCAACGAAAGUGCCGCCUAUGAAAUCAUGAGGUCACUUGACGUUGACUAUGUCCUGAUCAUCUUCGGUGGUGUUAUCGGCUACUCGGGCGAUGACAUCAACAAGUUCCUGUGGAUGGUGCGCAUCGCGGAGGGCGAGCACCCCAGGGACAUCAGGGAGAGUGACUACUUCACCCCACAGGGAGAGUUCAGAGUGGACAAAGCCGGCUCCCCCACCCUCCUCAACUGCCUUAUGUACAAAAUGUCUUACUACCGCUUUGGAGAAAUGCAGUUGGACUUCCGGACACCACCAGGCUUCGACCGGACACGCAACGCUGAGAUCGGCAACAAGGACAUAAAGCUGAAGCACCUGGAGGAAGCCUUCACCUCGGAGCACUGGCUGGUCAGGAUUUAUAAGGUGAAGAAGCUGGAGAACAGAGACCGGGUCGAGCACAAGAUGAGAAGCACUGACACCACUAAGCAGAAGUACACCUCCAAAAAGACAGCCAAGAGGAAGCGUGGAUACAUCAGGAACAAGCUUUCCCUCAAAAAGGGCAAGAAACUGACCAAGAAAUCUUUAUAGAGCAUCCAGCACCGACAGAGGCACAUUGUGGACGGGAGGGAGGGAAAACAAAACAUACAACUUUCGACAAAAAAAACAAGCAGCAACGGUAAAUCCACCAAUCAAGAUGAACGAUGAACACCUGAGGUUCUCCAACCCUGUCACCCUGCCAGACUCACCGCGAGGCCCUGGCUGGAAAUGUUCUCGUCGCCCCAGGAGAACCUCGACUGUCCUUUGACCUGAUAACGCAGGGUGAAGGAGAUGUUGGCUUGUCUGAGGUCCUCCCACACUGGUUUUAACCUGAGGAACUGUGACCUUGACCCGCUUUUCUUUUUGUACUUGAAUGUGAGAGGAGACGGGGAGAGCCAGAGAGAUUAGCUGUCCUUGAUCCCGGGGCUCAGUUUGGGACUGUUUUAGCAGUGCAUCAUUCAGAUAUAAAGUAACACCUGUUAGGGUCCCUGAACAAACGGAGACCACUGUCCUACCACAUCUCUAAUUCAGCGCUGAAACCCUACUAAUACUCAAAUUGCGGUAAAGAGAAAUGUCAGCAUGAAGGGGACGGUGUCAUCACCUUGUUGUUAGUUAUUAUGUUCUUGAUAGAUAAUGAAUGUAAUGUAAAAUCAGAAGAACUGUUUUUACAUUACAUCGUAUCUGCUCACCACCCCGCUUCUUUAGUCUUUGGUGACAUGAUGGAAAGCCCCGAUGUUGGAACAUAUUCACUAGUCCGUUUUUUUUAAUUUGAUUCAUUUUCUUGACUUUCUCCUUAAAAUUCUCUCGUAACAAUUGUGUGAUUACGUUCCAACGAUCGGCGGCUUUUUCUGCUCAGAAACAUCCUGCAUUGAUUUCCUGACAGGACAGCUCAUUUUAGAACCAAACUGCACGUUAAGGAUAAUUCAGGUUUAUUAAGGUUGUGUUUGUUUGACCAUAGUGGCUUUUAGUAAAUAUCACACUCAACUGAACUGAUUGGAUUUGUUUCAAAGCUACAUUUCUAAAAAUAAAAAAUAAAAAAAAGACAGGAGGAUCAACUCUGGACUUAUGCUGCAUGAUCAGUAGAGUUCUUAACAAAACCACCGACUUACAGAGAACUAGAGAAUUUUUCAAACUUCUCCAGGGCAGUACAAGUCAAAAUACCCCCCCCCCCCCCCCACCCCCCCAACCAUGAAUGGGAAAGCGAUAUAGAUAAUGGAUGUAUAAUCUUGUUUCCCACACUUACAUACUUUGUGUUAGUGAUGCCCAGCUGUCAGCCAUGACUUAAACCAGCAUCAUAUCACCCUGACUGAUUGGAAAAUCUUUAAAUUGAAUCAUUCAUUUAUUUGAUUAAAUGUUAAGUCUACCAUUGUCCCAUCACCGUGAAGUGUUUGGUUCCAAUGGCAGAACAAAAUAAAACGACGUGAACGACUGAGCACCUGAAAUACCCGGAGGGAAAAAAAAAACAGUUCAUGCUCAACUUCAG